AACCGUCAACAGCUAAACAAGAUGGCGUCCGGCAGCGGGUCCGGUAAGAACGACUUCCGCAGGAAGUGGGACAAAGACGAGUAUGAGAACUUGGCUCAGAAACGCCUGGCGGAGGAGCGAGACCGAGAGCGGCGCGAUGGGAAAACGGCCCCGCCGGUCAAGCGCGACCUCCUGCGUCACAGAGACUACAAAGUGGAUCUGGAGUCCAAACUGGGGAAGACCAUCGUCAUCACGAAGACCACGCCGCAGGCCGAGAUGGGCGGUUAUUACUGCAACGUCUGCGACUGCGUCGUCAAAGACUCCAUCAACUUUCUGGAUCACAUCAACGGAAAAAAACGUGAGUUGACAUCCAUGAAGUGACAACCAAUCAGCUGUCGGCGUUAGUCCGUAA